AUGCUAGUAGAUAUGUUGCUAGCGGAUAUUGAUCUUGUGAUAAAUCCAGUGCUACCAGUGCAAACAAGUGGAGUGAAUACGGUGAAUGAGGAGACUUGUUCGAAUGAAGCAGAAGGUGGUCAAAAUUCAGCGUUGUCAGCAAGAUCGGAGAAAACACCCACUCCACCAGGUUUCCACGUCAGAGAGCCAGAACAGCAGCAUCAAGAGAGACCCCAGCAACAUCUAAGACAUCCAGCAGCCGGAGAACCUUUCCAGCAUCAGCAGCUUCAUACAGUACUGGAUCAGCAACGCGAGCAGAUAAAUACAGAGCUUAAAAAUUUUGAAGAUUUGAAGCAGCAACAGCAGGAGAUCAACCGGUACAGGCAGGCACAGGCAACACAAGUUGUUGCGUCGGCAUUUCAACAACAACAGCAACUAGAUUUGGUGGAACAACAGCAACAAUUGAUACGGCAACUGCAAAACAGAAAUCAACAAUUAGAGCAGGCAAAUCGACUGUUGCAGAGGCAAAAUAAUCGACAACAACAGCAACCAACACACCAAGAGGAAGUAGUUCGUCGCAUACCUAAGGAGUUUCAUCGUGCUAUUUCAAUGCUGUUUCGCUUCAUUACGCCACCGAUGUCAGAGGAGGACAAGAUCUUUAUUAUAAAGAAAAACAUGUGUGUAGAUUACGCCAUCAUCGUUGCAGCAGCAAACCCGACAACAGUGAAUGAGUUGGUGAGAAUAUGCUCCAGUUACGACGACACACGCAGGCUAUUGAAUUGUCAACGCAAAAUUCCACUCCCACACAGCAGCUUGCUGGAGCCAAACUUUGCAACCCCGGUUCAACAACAGCGGUCGAAUGUCCCACCGACCAAUCAACGCUUCAGUCGAGUGAACACGAUAGAAGAAGAAGAGCCCACGUUUUCUUCCGAUGUAACGCAACAAUCGGAAAACGAGGAAUUGCAAGCGAAAAUCGAGGAACUGGAACAGCAAGUAUGUGCUUUCAAAAUGCAGCUCAAUAGGCAACGAGGAGAAGGAAGACCAAUGGGUGUGAGAAGCCAAGAACAGAUGAAAUCUUUCCAACGACAGCCAGACCAACAGUUUCAUCUUCCCCGCAGACAACCAGAACUUCAACAAGCUUCUUCGCAAUGGUUAGGAAACCCAGUUGCUCAGACGUACUCUCAUGAGACGGUUAGACAAGCAUCAAACCCACAGCCGCAACUCUCUGCAAGAUCGCAACCAUUUCAAGUAGCAAUACCGCAAGAUAGUCAACGAAACGCUUCGGAGCAGCAGCUCCAACAACACCAAGCAGCCUCGGGAAGUCUAUUGAAAGUUUGUUGGAAUUGCGACGAGGAAGGCCAUCGCUUCACAGACUGUCCGAGACCACAGGCCAUAUUAUUUUGCUAUCGCUGCGGUAGAAAGGGCUAUUCGCUACGUAGUUGCUUUACUUGUCGCACAGAUUCGGGAAACUUGGCAGCGGAGAAUCGCCAAUAG